AAGCGUAACCGGGUGCAGCUCAUUACAUAAAUCUCUGGACACAGGUAGCGUGCAGGAAAACAGGUGCACACAUUCUUAAAGUGACAGUCUGGGAUUGUUGUUCACCUCGACCACAGCACGACAUGGAUUUCGAUUUGGAAACAGCGGUACAACCAGAUGAAAAAUGCAAGAGUGACUCUGGCCAGGAAGUCCAGGGCAUUUUUGGAUUUGGGAAAAAGGAUAAAGACAAGGAGAAGGAGAAGGAAAAGGAAAAGGGAAAGGGUGAAUACAAAGACAAGGACCAUGAUAAAGACAAGGACCACGAUAAGGGCAAGGACCACAAGCAUGGCAAGGACCACAAGCAUGGCGAGGGCCACAAGCACGGCGAGGGCCACAAGCACGGCGAAGGCCACAAGCACGGCGAGGGCCACAAGCACGGCGAGGGACACAAGCACGGCGAGGGCCACAAGCAUGGCAAGGGCCACAAGAAGGGAAAAGGGAAGAAACAUAAACACAAGGAUGGUGGGAGUGGGUCUUCCUCAAGCUCUUCGUCCGACUCUGAUUAAGACUGAAAGGACAAGAGAAAAAAUGAAAAGAACAACGAAGACUAGAAAUUACUCCAAUGUGGGAAAUGAUUCAGACCACCCUUUCUAAUUUACUGCCUGACUGCAUUAGUGUCUUAUUUUUUCUGUAAAAAGUUCACUGAGGACCUUUGUUUAUUAAAGCUGCCACCGAUCUCUCUAUGUGUUAAUAAAAUCGGACUUCUAAUUUA